CCCAGGGCGCGCCCAGCGAUGACGUCACCGCCGGCGCCGCGCUCGGCAGAAGCAGGAAGUGCGACCAAAACAAAGGAGCGGCGGCUAGGAGCGGACUCCCUCCUUUUGCCUCCUGCUGCGUCCACCUAGCCCUGGCAGCGGACCCCAAGGAGCCGUCCGACCAUGUCCAACAUGGAGAAACACCUGUUCAACUUGAAGUUCGCGGCCAAAGAACUGGGCAGGAGUGCCAAGAAAUGCGACAAGGAGGAAAAGGCCGAAAAGGCCAAGAUUAAAAAGGCCAUUCAGAAGGGCAACAUGGAAGUUGCGAGGAUACACGCCGAGAACGCGAUUCGCCAGAAGAACCAGGCGGUGAAUUUCCUGAGAAUGAGUGCGCGGGUGGACGCGGUGGCUGCCAGGGUCCAGACCGCCGUGACGAUGGGCAAGGUGACCAAGUCGAUGGCCGGUGUGGUUAAAUCGAUGGACGCGACGUUGAAGACCAUGAAUCUCGAGAAGAUCUCCGCCCUGAUGGACAAGUUCGAACACCAGUUCGAGACUCUGGACGUGCAGACCCAGCAGAUGGAGGACACGAUGAGCAGCACGACGACGCUGACCACUCCCCAGGGCCAGGUGGAUAUGCUGCUGCAGGAAAUGGCAGACGAGGCCGGCCUCGACCUCAACAUGGAGCUGCCGCAGGGCCAGACCGGCUCCGUGGGCACGAGCGUGGCCUCGGCGGAGCAGGACGAACUGUCCCAGAGGCUGGCCCGCCUCCGGGACCAGGUGUAACCGCCGAACCCGCACAGAGGUGUCCUGGCCACAGCCGCCUUCGGAAGACGGUUGCCCCACACUAGGAAGUCGGACCUCGCCCCAAUGCCGAAAUGCUCUUUACUUAAGAUGCUUCUACCUUUGGGUUUACAAAGCUCUCCAGAUACAUUAAGUUACAGGCUUUUCUCCACUCUUAACUGGAUUUCGAAGUUCUCGUGAUGUGUAUUUUUAUAGCUGUCUCUUAACAGAACUAGUUAAUUUGUCGGAUAUGACUCUUCCCCCAAAAUUUGGUCAAAGCUCUAAUUCCCGGGUAUUCACUUUUCUGCCCGAAUUAUAAGAAUUGAAGGUUUUCUUAAUGUUCUGUAAUUAGAGUUGUAAUUAGAGUUAAUUUUCUGUAUCUAGAGUUGACAAGUGGUGAUUACUUGGAUUGAUUACAGGGCUAUUAAUCCCUCAUUCAGAGACUUACUUAAUGGACAAUGCUAUUCUGUGUAUCCUUUGUUUUUCACCAUCAAACCCGGACAGCAGUUGACUAUUAAUCUGUUCUCGUAACUUAACACUAAAAUUACUUUAGGACUUUCUGGCAUAAUACUCUUACUGUUUACGUUCUAUAAAUGUGUUUGUGUGGAAGUUGUCUUUUUAUAAGUGGAAAAAAAUGCCACGUAACUUCCAUUUAUUAUGAGAGAAAAUUGUUCAUUUAUGGUUUGGGAUUUACAAAGUUUAACAUGCGACAGUUUUUUCCAAAUGAACUUCUCUCACACAAUUCUAAUUAUCCUCCUAUUUCAACACUUUAAUUAGAUAUCUUUUAAAGUAUGUGAAUUAGCAUGACAGUCCUAUUACUCUAACAUUGCCAAAGAACUGUUGGUUGGUUUGGGAAAGCCCUGGGACUGUGUGUUUCUAGGUUUUGUUUUUAUUUUAAUCAAAAAUAGAAAUAAAAUUAGCACUGCAUUUUAGGUUCUAAUUAUUUGCAUUUAUUAUUUUGUCUUAAAACAACAACUCUUUAAAAUCUUGGGAGUAUCAAUUGGAAUGUUUUACUUAGCCAUGAGAAUCACUUAAAUAUACAUGCAGCUGUCUGGGAAUCUAGGAAGGAGAGGUAGUAGGGUUGGACCGAAGGCUUGACCCUCUCAGGCUGAAGCCCAGCUGUGCUGCCUUCCAUCUUUCAGGAAAGGGGGUGUGUAAAGUAAAAGUGAAAUAAAGCCUGCAGCCACCGAUUUUUCAGAUCCUCAAAACAUGGAGAACGAAGACUUAACUUUUGCCUAGUAUAUUAUGCAAGCAUAUUGAUCUAGGUUAAAUAUUUAAUUCUUCACUAGAAGAUUUCUCCAAGAGAGAAUUCCCGCAUUUCAGAAAAGAAUUAAACGGAUCUCAAGCCCUUUGAAAGAUUCAUAACCAAGUAGUCACCAUUACAAUAUGUCCUCCAGUGUGAAUGCGUGUGUUUAAGGGGGGAAAAAACGAAGAGGUGCGUGCAAGUAAGGAAUGACCCUCGUAUUUAAAUGUUGUCAGUCUGACUAGUUGUUGUUCCAGAGUGUUCCGUGAGGGACACCUGACAGUCGGUCUCAAUUCUUCUUGUCCCUUUUGGUGUCUCUGCUCAUCCAUAAGGUGGCACAGAGGCAGCUGUGUGUGAGCACAGCAUGAAUCCUAACCCUUUUUGAGACUGGAAAAAAUUAUUGCAGCUUAGGAAAAUAGCUUAGUGUUGGUCCUUUGGUAAAUUGAAGACCCUUUUGUAGUCCAGAUAUUCCCAACAAAAUUAAUAUAUUUUGUGAGAUUAAACAAUGAUUAUAUAUGCUUGAAUUUUCUUAAAAUAUGUUCAUUUCAAACUAUGAAUGUACAUUUUUAUGAAACAGAUAUUUUCAAAAGUAUACCAGGUCCGUGAUUUACUUCCUCACUUUUGCAACUGAUGAAAUGCUGAAAUGUAAACCAUAGAAGUUUUGUCAAAUAAAUCAUUUUAAACUGCA